AUUACCGAUCAUUGCUUUACAAAAUCUUGCAAAGAAAAUAUACCCGAUGUUAAUUUGACUGCCUUCAUUGAACCAAAAUGUCUCAGGGUAAACGCUGCCAUUAAUCAAAAGAAAAGGGAGGUACCAAUUAUGGGAACUCCGCCUGACUAUCAAAGGAUAUACGAACUCUCUUGGAGUGAUGAACCAGAAAUACGACCAUCCAUUGCAUAUGUACAUAAUGAACUUGCGAGAAUGCUUGAGGAACGAAGGGUUGUUGAUUCAACUUUUACCCCAAAUAGACCUACUUUUGAGCAUCCUAGAUCAAUAGAUUUACAAGAAAAAGUGCAAACUAUUCACCAACGAAACAGUGAUCCAAUUAGUUCAAACAAACCGAAUGAAUUGGAGUGCCCUCGAAUUUAUCAAAAUAGUACAAGUUCUCCUAUCCCCGGUGAUUAUUCAGCUAACCAAAAUUUGAGAUACCCUAACCAUGAAGUUUCACCGUCUACGAAUCGAGACAGCCGAGGAAAUAUACUUACUGAGAAACCUCCCGAUAUCUCUUCAAGACCAAAAUAUGAAAAAACACAAUUCCAAAAUCUCGAUCAAAACCAACUUCCUCCCACCUUAAUAUAUCCACAAAAUCCAUUGGCAUUUCCACAUUCACAAAAUUUAUCGGCAUUACCACAUUCACAAAAUUCGUCGGCAUUACCGCAUUCACAAAAUUCAUCGGCAUUACCACAUUCACAAAAUUUAUCGACAUUUCUUCCAUCUAAUAACCCACCUCUUGCCUUUCCUACCUCAAUUCCUCUUUAUCCACCAAUCGGUUAUAUGAACAAUUCACCAUUCAACAGAUUUCCGGAAAAUUCGACACCUCUUCAGUUUAAUCCACAAGUAAACCCCAGAUAUCCUGGAUAUCCCCAGGAAAACUCGACACCUUUAAGGAUUAAUCCAUUACAACAAGUGAAUCAAAAUCCAUCACCAAACGGUUAUUCUCCACAAAUGAACCAACCCCCACAAUCAAACGGUUAUCCUCCACAAAUGAACCAACCCCCACAAUCACAAUCAAAUGGUUAUCCUCCACAAAUGAACCAACCCCCACAAUCACAACCAAACGGUUAUCCUCCACAAAUGAACCAACCCCCACAAUCAAACUAUUUUCCACAAAUGAACCAACCCCCACAAUCAAAUGAUUUUCGUUCACAAAUGUAUCAACCUCCUCAAUCAAACGGUUUCCCUCUGCAAAACAGUCAAUCUCCUCAACCAAACAAUUUCCCUCCGCAAAUGGGUCAAGUAUCACAACCAUACAGUUUUCCUCAGACAAAUCAACAAUCAAGCACAUUUUUUCCACAAAUGGAUCAAUCUCCACAAUCAACCAGUAUCCCUCCAUUAAUGAAUCAACCCCCAAGACAAAACGAUUUUCCUCCUCAAAUAAAUCAACCCCCACAACCCAACGGCUACUCUCCAGAGAAUUCGACCCUUUUUAUACCAGUUGAUCCCGUUAUACAAAAGGAGGCAAGAUGCAAAAAAGCGCUCGCAGAAUAUUCCAAGUUGUAUAGGAAUGAGACGGGUUAUGUUGAACCUACCGAAUGUCAUGCUGGAUAUCACGUCAGUGUUGGAGAUACGGAGGGCUUGGUAGACCAUCUCGAGCUUGGUGCUAAAGUAGAUGAUAUGUAUCAGUUCUUAAAUAUUACGGAAUCUCUUGUGGUCAUCACGGUUAGAUAUUGUGGCAUAGAGUUGAUGCAUAAGUUACUCUUUAGACUUAAACAAUACGAUGCAGUUUUUUCCGUGGUCUCCAGUGGUUCAAACAAGACGGCACUUCAUCAUUUGUUUGAAAAUAAAUCUAUCUACAAAAAGAUCAACGAAUCCGUAAAAGAGAAUUAUAAAAAAGCUAUCGGUUUCCUUGUAGAAAAUGGUUGUAACAUCGAUGCUUUAGAUAGCGAAGGAAAAACAAUCCUAUCGUACUAUCUUGAGGAAAGUAAUCCCACCUUACAAAGAAAAUACGAAGCAAUUAUUUCGAUAUUGUUGAGAAACGGAGCCAACCCAAAUAUUAGAGUCCAUAUAAGGGAGUUUAUAGCACCCAAUUCUUUAUAUAUGGCGGUUAAGUAUAAUUGGUCAAAAAGUAUAUUUGAUCUAUUAUGCCAGUAUGGUGUUAAUUCGGAAGAAAGAGACAAUAGUGGAUACAGCAUUUUGAUAUUAACAAUGGGUGUGAAUCAAAUGGAUAGGCUUGACAAAAUCAAAUGGGUAUUGGAGAAUAUUUAUGCAGCAAGUGAAAUGAAAGACUUAGAAAUGGCUAUGAAAAUGGUGAAGCAUAGUUCUAAAGAGUACGAUCUUCUGAAGAUGUAUACCAAAAAAGAAAGUGCAAUUCAGAGAAAACAAAUCAUCGAUGCGAAUAAAAGAAUUAAGGUUAGAAGUCAGGAGGAAAAAAGGUGA